GUGACAGAAUCAUAAACAUGCAUGUCGAUCGAAGAACUUUAACAUUCCAUUAUGGUUAAUGCUGAAAUGAAUUUAUUUUUUUAAACAAUCAUGAGUGGACGAGCUGACGAUCUCAGUAAAGAGCAGGAAGAUUGUCUAGAAAAGUUUAAAGAAAGAGUAAAGGAUGUUUUAAAACAAUCCCAUGAUGAUCAUUAUCUUUUAAGAUGGCUAAGGGCAAGAAAUUUUGAUUUGAAAAAAUCAGAGACUAUGUUGAGAAAUCAUAUUGCUUGGAGGAAACGAGAAAAUGUAGAAAAUAUACAUGACUGGGAAUGUCCAGAGGUGAUCCAAAAGUACUUUACUGGUGGUCUGUUUGGACAUGAUGUGGAUGGAUGUCCAGUCUGGAUUGACCCAUUUGGACAGAUAGAUUUGAAAGGAAUGUUAAAGUCAGCAAAAAAAGCUGAUGUUAUCAGAGCCAAAGUUCAGCUCCUUGAAAAGCUUCACAACAAGACAUUUCCAGAAUUCAGUGCAGAGAGAGGGAAGAGAAUAGACUCUCUAGUUAUCCUGUAUGACCUUGCAAAGCUUGGGAUGAAACACUUGUACAAACCUGGUGUUGAUGCAUACUGUGAAAUGUUAACGAUGUUUGAAGAUCAUUAUCCAGAAACUUUAAAAUAUGCCAUAGUCAUAAAUGCCCCCAGAUUUUUUCCUAUAGCCUACAACAUUGUGAAACCUUUUCUAUCAGAGGCAACAGCCAAGAAGACAAUCAUUCUAGGAACUAAUUAUCGUGACACUUUAUAUCGAUACAUCUCUCCAGAAGAGCUCCCAGUUUGUUAUGGAGGUAAACACACAGAUCCAGAUGGGGACCCUACAUGCAAAUCACAGAUUGGACAAGGUGGUGAUGUACCAAAGUCUUACCACAAACAACAGAUGCUUUCAGCAGAAAUAGAUAAUGCGGUGUGUGUGACUGUGGGGCGUGGUUCCUCCCUACAAGUUGAGUGUGAAGUUCCUGUCAAAAACAGUGCCAUUAGAUGGCAGUUUUCCACCCAAGGAUUUGACAUUGGAUUUGGUGUGUAUCGGCGUACAAAAGAUGAGAGACAGAAAGCCAAUGAGAUGGAGGAGGUUCUCCCCAGUCAGAGAGUCAAUUCUCACCUGGUGCCAGAGGAUGGAAGUGUUACCUGUACAGAUGUAGGAAUGUAUAUUCUUCGAUUUGAUAAUACAUUUAGCUGGACAAGAAGUAAGAAAAUUCACUACCUUGUAGAAGUUCUAGAACCAGACACUGAAGACUUUACCAAUCCCAAUGCCUCUAAGGCCAGCUUCAAAGUCAAACAUCAAUGUUAGAAUGGUCUAAAAGUUCUCAAAAUAAAGUAAUCUUGUCAAAUGAUGUAAUACUUUAGAUUAUGAGCCAAUGAAAACAAGAGAGAGAGUUAUAAAAAAUGUUUUUAGGUUUGAUUUUAUGUAUUUUAAACUUAGUUCUUCUUCUUCAGUAAAGAAGGUCAUAAACAGUGCCAAAGAUCAAUAUCUAAUUAUGUUUAAUAGUAUGAAUAUAAAUGAUAAUACAUGUCAUAUAUUUAGAAUUAUGAAAGAUAUAUCUAAAAUAAGCACUUUUAAAUGCUGAUUAUGAUGUGUACUUUGAACUCUUGAGGGAAAAAAAGUCACAUCUGUGUAAUUUUAUAAAAAGGGUUUUAUUCUCUGAUUUAUUAAUUUAGAGAUACAUGUAUACACAUAAUUGCUCAAUUCAGUAGUCCCAUUAGUAAAAAAAAAUAUUUAGGUACUCAAUAGUUUAACCUUUUCAUCUUUUAAUUCCAAAAAAAUGGUCUGAUCUGAUAUUUGUCAAUGCUUAAAUUCAGUUAUUAAAAAGUAAAAAUGUUUGAUAAUUAAAAAAAAAAUUAAAAACUUUUCAUCAUGAUCUGUAAAACAUUAGCAUGAUUCAGGAAUUUUUUUACUGAAGGAUUCAAAUAAGGGAAUAAAAGCUUUACUAUUCAAAUUGACAGAAAAUGUGUUGAAAUUUCAUUUUGGCAUUAUGUGUUUCUAUAAAGUACAGAUAUGCACACAAUUAAAGUGAAUUACUAUUGCAAGUCCCUGCUUAACCUGCUGCAAGUUAUAGGGAAAAAUCAUUUAAGUCCCCUGUUAUAUUUUUUAUUUCAUUCAUCUAAAAUAUGCCACGUAUUUGUAAUUUGUUUUAUAAUUUACCUCUUCUGUUGUAUUUUAUUUGAUUUGUUGUUCAAAGUUUUUUUUUAUUUUACCUUAAAACUACCUGUAUACAUAACAAUGCUCAAUUUUAAUUUAUGUUAAAAAAUUACGUUCUCUAGGAAAGUUGCAUCAAUUUGAAUAUGCACAGAGCUUGCAUUAAUUAGCAUAUUAUUUUUUGUAUGCAAAGGCAAAAGUUUAUAUAUAUACAGUGUAUAUAUAUUUGACACUUGACACUGUUAUACAAAAAGUGAAAAAGUGACACUGUUAUACAAGAAGUGAAACUUUGCUGGAUGGUCACUCUUAGUGUCAUAUUAAGCCUAUUUUAAAUGCACCAGUAAGAUUUUCUAAUCAAAGCUUGUCUAUUGCACAUGUAAUUUGGUUUGUUGUUUGUAAACGUUUACAUGUUUGGUCUCUUGGGAACCUCGAGUCAAUUUCAACCUCAUGCAUUCAGCACAUUAGCACAUACACAGGUGCAUGUAUCAAAUUCAGGGCUGAAUUCCCUACCAAGGAUUAAGUAUUUGAAAUAAUGAAACUAUUACAGGUUGAGAUGUUUGGAAACUUCUCUUUGCUAGAGCAUCCUGGUCUGAAAAAGAAAAAAGACAAACAGCCUAUUUAUAUAGCUUAAGGAGGCUGGGGGGUCAACAAAUUAACCAUCAGAUAUAACUUAAUUUUUUAGAUAUGAUAUCUUAAGCUGUCAACUAUCAUUUGGCAAAUAAAAAUUUCAUACAUUUUAGUUUUAAAAUUUGAUCAUUUUUGUAUAUCUUUAUAUGGAGCUCUUCUUCUAAAGGAGAUCAAUAUAGUCUGAAAAUGGCCACAACCACCCAGCCCUCUUAAAUUAAAUUUUCUCCAUUACCCUGGACCGUAAUGGGGUGGUUUUAAAAUUUCAAAACGUAUUUAUACAUGAUGAUUUUUAAGGGGGUGGGGGGUUGUGAUAUUUUUUUGUUUGUAAUAAACUUAUAGAUGUAUAAUUAAAUAUAAUGUCCAGUUCUGAUUAAAAAAUUAUAUUUAAUUAUAUAUUUUUAGUUAUGCUCCAAACUAUACUGUCAUUUCCUAGCACUGUCUAUUGUACAAUCAUUUUCUUUUAAGUGAUUCUGUUUUCACAGUAUAGCAUAUAGUAUUAGUAUUGAAGAGACCAAUGAAUUAAUGUCCACCAAGAAAUGCAAUUUUUCACAUAUUUUACAACUCAACAAUUCUUCAUCCAUGAAAUCAAAUCCUCAUAAACCCAUAUUUUUUCCUCAAACCACAAAAAAUUUGCCCCCACAAACAUGUGAUUUUACAGUGCUAUAAUGCAUGUUAUUUUUACACUAUUUAAAAGAGUUGUUUUGAUACAUGUAAUUAUAUUUCAGUCUAAGUAAUACUGAUUGUAUUUUUAAAUCUUACAAAAUUAAUGUUAUUGCAUAUAGUGCAUAUGUAGUGAAAUUAAAUGUGAUAUUAAUGAAAUAGAUAGAAGAAUCGAUUAAAUAUUUUAUUUCAAGAUUCUUUUCUUUCUUAUACCUAUGUACCUAUGCUCAGAUUCCUAUCAACAUAACCUGUGAAUAAAUAUCAGUAUUUAUGGUGCACUUAACAAAGCAAACUGAUUUUUUUUUUCUUUUUGCCAGUGUUAUGUUACAGUGUAAAUUUGUUGACAUUACAAGAAAAUUUUCAUCCUGAGUAUAAAUAGAUUUUGCAGUAUACA